AUGCCGCUGCAGGACGACACCCUCCGAGAGGUGUGGGCCUCGGACAGCGGACAUGAAGAGGAAGGCCAGAGCCCCGAGGUCCAGCAGCGCCCCAAGCAGCGACCCGCCAAGGGGCACAAGUUGAAGAAGAGGACGGAGGCUCCCGAGUCCCCGGGCCCUAAGGGAUCCAAGCCCCGGAGACCUGGCGCCGGGCGGAGGGGGAAGCCGCGGGAGGAGCCGGCUUCGCAGCCGCGGGAGGCCCGGCCGCCGCACACGGUCUACGCCAAGUUCCUCAGGGACCCUGAGGCCAAGCGCGACCCGCGGGAAACCUUCCUGGUAGCGCGAGCCCCGGACGCAGUGGACGAGGAUGAAGAGGAACCCAAGGAGGACCACGAAGAGGAAGAGGAGGUGGAGGCAAAGAAAGAGAAAAUCCCUCUGCCACCCAAGAAGGUUCCUAAAGAGAAGACUUCUGCCGGGGUCAAGGACAGGAAGGCUAAGGCCCAGGUUCAGAAGGGGGACUCGGGAAGCCCUGUCGCCCCAGCCAAACCUCUGCGCGUUAAGAAGAAGGAGGCGCCAGCGGGGGAGGGGCCCAAGAUGAGAAAGACGAAGAAGGAAGGGUCUGGGGAGGCUGACAAGGACCCCUCAGGGAGCCCCGCCAGGGUGAGAAAGAAGACUCCAGCGGCCAUGUUUCUGGUUGGGGAAGAAGCGCCAGCUGAGAGAACUCCGAAGAAGAAAGGCGCUUCCAAAGGCCCAGAAGAGCAGAGGAAGGAGGACCAGGAGGAGGAGGAAGUGGCAGCCGUGGGGACGAAGAACAGCAACCAGAAGGGCAAAGCGAAAGGAAAAGGCAAAAAGAAGGCGAAGGAGGAGAGAGCCCCAUCCCCACCCGUAGAAGUGGAUGAACCCCAGGAGUUUGUGCUCCGGCCUGCCCCUCAGCACCGGACAGUGCGCUGCAGGCUGACCCGGGACAAGAAGGGCAUGGAUCGGGGCUUGUAUCCCUCCUACUUCCUGCACCUGGACACAGAGAAGAAGGUGUUCCUCCUGGCAGGCAGGAAGCGGAAACGUAGCAAGACGGCCAAUUACCUCAUCUCCAGCGACCCCACCAAUCUGUCCCGAGGAGGGGAGAAUUUCAUUGGGAAGCUGAGGUCCAAUCUCCUGGGCAACCGCUUUACCGUCUUUGACAACGGGCAGAACCCGCACCGUGGAGGAGGCAGCACUAACGUGGGGAGCCUUCGGCAGGAACUGGCAGCUGUGAUCUAUGAAACCAACGUGCUGGGCUUCCGGGGUCCCCGGCGCAUGACGGUCAUCAUUCCUGGCAUGAAUACGGACAACGAGAGGGUCCCCAUCCGGCCGCGAAAUGCCAGCGAUGGGUUGCUGGUGCGCUGGCAGAACAAAACACUGGAGAGCCUCAUCGAGCUGCACAACAAGCCACCUGUUUGGAACGAAGACAGCGGCUCCUACACCCUCAACUUCCAAGGUCGAGUCACACAAGCUUCAGUCAAGAACUUCCAAAUAGUCCACGCCGAUGACCCCGACUACAUCGUACUGCAGUUCGGGCGCGUGGCCGAGGACGCCUUCACCCUAGAUUACCGGUACCCGCUGUGCGCCUUGCAGGCCUUCGCCAUCGCCCUCUCCAGUUUCGACGGGAAGCUGGCCUGCGAGUGA